UCAUUAUCCCACUACUAAAUUCACAGUCGUAUCAGACACACCAGAAAAUUUACGUCUUGCCAAGCAAUCCAAGCAGCAAAGUCAGGUGAGUGAGAUUAGUGGACAGUAUAAGUGGUUUUGGAGGAGACAUUUCAACUUAACUUGCUACACUGUAGAUUAGUCAAGUUAUAAUCCUAUAUAACAGCAGUUCAAAAGGUCAAAUUUCCAACUCUGGGGAUAGAGCAAGGUGUCAAAUGCCCGGGGUAUGUUAACAGUAUAAAUUGAGUGGCGGAUUAGGGAUUAUUAAAAAGCUUCAAAAUUCAAAAUGGAGUAUACCUUAAAUACUUUUAGGAAACUUUAUAAAGCAUGAGGUGUUAUUUUUUUAAUACAGUCAAUACAGUGUUUCAUUUACUAAAAUGUUGAAGUUAUUUUCAGAAUUCAGUGUAUAUGUUUUCACACAACUCACAAGCCAAACUUGAACUGAUAGAAUUACAGUCAGAAUGAUCCGGGGGUUGGGGCAUUUGACCAUCAAUUUUCCGUUAUAUGUGGGGCAUUUGAACGGCAUUUUUGUCCUGGGGGUGGGAAAUUUAAUCACAAAAUUUCAAAAAGUUCAAAUGCCCAAGGCAAGGGUACGCCCAGGGGGAUGUGAACAGUAUAAAUUGAUUGGCACAUAACCUUUAUUAAAGUGGCAAUGCACCAUCUUGUGCCCUACUUUCAGAUUAUUUCAGUGGCGUAGCCAGCUCGAUAAGUGGGGGGGGGGCAUAUUCAUAUAUUCGUGUUCUGCAUUAUUAAUUUCUUUUGAAAUUGAUUGUUUUUACGGUCUGUGAAUACGAAUAUAUGAAUAUGUCCCCUCCCCCACUUAUCGAGCUGGUUAACAACUUAAAAAUAAAUAAAUUAGUACAGUAGAUGCCUUUUUGUGGAUGGAAUUUUCAUUUACACAUAAAUAUGUACCUAAAUUCUGUCUACAAAAAAACAUCUACUAUUAGCUCUAUUCCCACCAACCUUGAGAACGUAGUCUGUCGCCGCUGGUUCUUGCCUAAAAUUUAGCUCAAGAAUCUUUUUAAUACAAAUUUAUUGUAGUUUCAACUUUCAACCGCCAACUCGAAUGAACAAUAGAAAAUUAUAGAAUGCAUGAACAAAACAUAUUGUUAUAUAGCUAGCGUGAACACCAAACGUGAUUGGCUGAUUUGUGGUCACGUGACUUCAGAUAAAUGCAAUGUUUCCCGCCGGGCAACAAGUGAAAAAUUGUUGCCCGCCCUGACCGGCCACGUACAUAAAUAAACAAAAUGGAGGCACAACUCAGAUAAUUAGAAACUACGAUUUUCCAAGUUUGUGUUCAAAUAAAGAAUAUAAAAGAGAAGAAAAAUACACAACAGGCAACAGGAUAUGCUGCUGAAACCGUGUAAGUAGGUUCUUUUAAUUUUAAACUCGUUUACACUAUAGAGUUUUCGUCACGAAAUACAAUUGUUGUAUGAAUGUUGUUGAAGUUGAUUUUUGUUCGUCGCUAUAUAACAAAACACUUAAUGCCUGUUCCCUCGGGAAAUAGUUAGUUUUGUUUUCCCUCGAAUCUUAAUUUUCCCUCGACUUCGUCUCGGGAAACAUUGAGAUUCUCGGGAAAACAAAACUAACUAUUUCCCUCGGGAGCAGACAUUAAGUGUAUAAUAUAUACUUCAUAAGUCAUAACAACGUGGUCCGCGCCCGCGAUAUAUGGCGGUAAACUAUACCUACUUCAUUUAGUCAUCUGUUCAUAACAAGUUCUAUCGAACGAGAUGCCCCAAAAUAUCGAUAAGUACCCAUAUUUCUUCUGCUGGUACAACUUCUUCAUAUAUACUGUACAUGAAUUUCUAGUUUACGCUCAGCAACUGGACUCUGUAGUGAGUCUGUAAAGUAGCUCAGUUGGUUAGAGACUUAGAGCGCGCUGCACUGGAAUCACAGGGCUGACACAGUUUGAUUCCUGCCAGAGGGCUAAAGUUGCAUUUUUCGCAACUUAAAAGGUUUGUAAAUGUAUAUAAAUUUGAGUUCGAAAAUUUACUAUUACAGUAGUUCUAUCGAAGGAGAAACCCUAAAAUUUUGAAAAAUAAAUUCGGUCAUCUUAGACUCAUCACUUAAAGAAGGGGAGAGGGGUUGUUGGAACUUUGUAUAUGCUGUAGCUCUACAGUAUACCCAUCGCUUAACAGGAAGCAGGCCUGGAGCGAGUUUUACCAAAAAAUUGUUUAUUGAAUUGUCGCAUAUUAUUUUCGUAUUUUGUUCCACACUGCUGUGGCAGUGCAAUCAGGAAGUUCCUUGCAUUUCUAACUUGUAUUUGCACAUCUUCCGAUAUAGAUUGAAUAUCAUAAAAAGUUUGCUGAAGAGAAGGGGCAUUAUACCCCAAUUGCUGAUGAUCCUGAAACGGAGCGCGCCAAGAGAGCUGGAAAACAAGCUAGCCAAUUGCAGUACACAGCUGAAAGCAGGAGCCAUCCUCCUCAAAGUAGACCUGCUGAACGUAAGUUCAAAACAAAACCGAAAAUUAGCGUCUUGAAACCCAAUAUACUGUAUGUAUUAGAGUAAAACGACGUGAGUUCGUGAUAUUUCGAUUUCAUUGCUCAUCAAGUAUUCAGACUAGUUACAAGAGUUCAGAUUAGUUUCAAAAUAAUUUUCGGGCAGGAAUCCCGACCAGGAAUUGAAGGUGUGCAAUGAAAAGUGUGAUGGCAUGUAAGUGUAUUUUGAGAGAGAGGAUUAUGAGCAAGGAACUUAAUUGCCCUUUGUAAAAAUAUCUUGCGUAAUAGGCAAUUCCAGCUUUUAGAUUAUGCGUUCAGGGGAUGAUGGGAAGUAAGGUAUCAUAUUGCCGAUUAUGCUGAAAAUUUUCAAUAACAACUGCCGAAACAACCGAAAUAUUUCAAUAUUUACAAGUAUAAGCUAUCACUCCGUGUUUAUAGGGCCACCAUUUUUAUUUUUUCAGCAUAAUCAGCAAUAUGAUACCUUACUUCCCAUCAUUCCCUGCACGCAUAAACUAAAAGCUGGAAUUGCCAAUUGGUUGCUAGGUAGUCUGAUGUCAGUGAUGAUAAUUUUGUAAUAAAAUCUAAAUAUCACAAAGUCAUUCACGUCUUGUUUCUCCAAAGGUCGUGCAAGCAACUUACUGUAGAAGUAGGGGAGGCAGCCAAAAAAGGGACACCUGUCAGUUAUGUACCAAGUGCCUUUUUUGUUGUCAAAAAUAACUAUGUGACCGAUUGUAUCAAUGUACUGUAGGGAAAAAAACUAUGUAGUCCGGCGGCAACUCCCGCUGGAAAAAGUUGGAAUUAUAAGGUCUAUGCAACAACAUUCCCUGCACGCUCGGGGCAAGCACUUGGAUUCCGCUUAUCAUCGGAAAAGGGCACUUUUGAUCAAGAAAAAGAGGACUUUUUCAUUCAAGAAAAAAGACGCUUUUUGAGUUUUUAAAAGUGGCGGAGCACAUGUCCCACGGUCACCCCUCCCGCCCUCUCCACCAGCUGCGCAGCCCCCUGUCCAUAUUGCAAUGAUCUGGUUGUGUAACUAUUUAUAAUAGUAUAAAUUACUACGCGUUUACAGUAUACUGUAUAUGGACAUCCAAGUGCAUUAGUGCAUAGUUCCCCCAGUGCAGAUCAGUAGUUAAAAUAUUUUGACAUUUCUUUAUUUCAAGCUCCGCGUGACACUUCAAGUUAUACUCGGGCCCCUCCUGCACCAGAACCUGAACCAAUGGCACCAGUGUCAGUGAAUGUUCAAAUCCCUGCUGAGGCUGCUCAGCCUCCUCCUCCUGUACAAGUAAGUUUACUUUCUUUCCUUAUUUUUCACCCUGCUCGGUUUCCUUUGUUCUUAUCGGGGAAUAUAUUCAAUAUUCCCCUCUAAUCAAUUCCCGUUUAAUAAUCCCCUCUAAUAUUCACCUGCAAUGUCUUUGCAGCACAAAAAAUGAGAAGAAAAAAACAACAUAACGAAGGCAAUAUGGCAUUAAGAAUUAUUUUUAUUCUAACUCAUUAACGCGACCUCGCAAUGUGAAAAAUAAGUACGUUAUUUUGAGGCACCUCGGGGUGAAUAAAUCACAUAUCCCCAGCUAAGACGAGCUUAACAGAGCAUGCGUAGAUUAUACAUGCUGACGUGUAUUGAAUAUUAAUGAACUAAUUACGAAAGUAUUUCAUGAUACAGUCGGCAAAGUUUUUACUUUAUUGAUAGAAUUUUAACGUUAAUUAAAGUUUGAAUGCUCCAAAACAAUAUUAUAGGUGACUCAGGUAUAACUAAGAACAUUUUAAUUAAACGUACAAAUUGAGCCUUAUUUUGUUGCAAAUAGAUCAAAGCAAAGUAAAACAAAAAAGCGAAACUUUUUGACUGAUCUCAUGACGCCAUUCAGCGAAAACUCAGCGACAUGGCCAUGAAAUGGCCGCUACGUAGCUAGAAAAGCAAGUGCCAGACCCGGAUAUUGGCGUGCCUACGGCGCGUACAGUAAUUUACAUUUAUCGAACCCUGGAUUGAUUUGCGUUAAUUUUCUUUUUUCGAAUCCAGGAGCGUUACAGGGCAAUAUAUGACUAUGAUAAAGCAGAUGGAGAUGAGAUUUCUCUGAAAGAAGGAGACAUGAUUAGUAAUGGUGAGAUAGUUGGUGAAGGAUGGAUGCAGGGUACCAACAUGCGUACAGGAGAAACCGGCAUGUUGCCCUCGAAUUAUGUCGAGAAAGUAUAA